CAACAAACAGUCAGAAAAUUUAGAAAGAAAAGGGAAAAAAAAAAAAAAAAAAAGCGAAGGGGGGAAGGGGAAAUUUCUUCUUUUAAUUUUAGAUUUUCUGUAAAUUUGAAAUUUCAAAACCCUAGCUCCCUCAUUUUUCCUUCUAUUCUUUAUUUGUAGAUCUGAGUCUGUAAUUUAGACAUAUUUGAAGAGAGUUUUUAGCUAAAAGACAGAAAAGAAAAGGGGUGUUUUUGAUAGAGAGGGAAAAGAAGGGAGGAAAAAAAAAGAAAUGCGUUCGAAGAAGAUGGAAGGAACUUCGGCCCCUAGUUUGCGUCGAGACCCUUAUGAAGUUUUAUGCGUUUCAAGGGAUUCUUCUGAUCAGGAGAUCAAAACUGCUUAUCGAAAGCUCGCUCUCAAGUAUCAUCCUGACAAGAAUGCCAACAAUCCUGAGGCUUCAGAACUUUUUAAGGAAGUUGCAUAUUCUUAUAGCAUUUUAUCUGACCCAGAAAAGAGGAGACAAUAUGACACUGCGGGGUUUGAGGCUGUUGAAGAUUCGAUGGAUAUGGAGAUUGAUUUGUCCAAUCUAGGAACUGUUAAUACAAUGUUUGCAGCAUUAUUCAGCAAGCUUGGUGUCCCUAUCAAGACUACUAUCUCAGCUAAUGUUCUUGAAGAAGCUUUAAAUGGAACUGUCACAGUUAGACCCCUUCCUAUUGGAACAUCAGUUAGUGGAAAGGUAGACAAGCAAUGUGCCCACUUCUUUGGUGUAACGAUAAACGAUGAACAAGCUGAGUGUGGGAUUGUUGUUAGGGUAACUUCAACAGCACAAAGCAAAUUCAAGUUACUUUAUUUCGAGCACGACAUCAAUGGUGGCUAUGGUUUGGCCUUACAGGAAGACAGCGAGAAGACAGGUAAGGUGACAUCUGCUGGCAUGUAUUUCUUACAUUUUCAAGUAUACCGAAUGGAUUCCACUGUAAACGCGUUAGCAAUAGCUAAAGACCCCGAAUCUGCAUUCUUUAAAAGGUUGGAAGGUCUUCAACCUUGUGAGGUUUCAGAACUAAAAGCGGGGACACAUAUAUUUGCCGUUUAUGGAGAUAAUUUUUUCAAGACUGCAACUUACACAAUUGAGGCACUUUGUGCAAAGUCGUAUGAGGAUACCACUGAGAAGCUUAAGGAUAUUGAAUCUCAGAUUCUAAGAAAGAGAAAUGAGUUGCGCCAAUUUGAAACGGAAUACAGAAAAGCACUGGCACGCUUUCAAGAAGUGACCAACCGGUACACCCAAGAAAAGCAGUCUGUAGACGAGCUGCUGAAACAGAGGGAUAGCAUACAUGCUACAUUCACCGUAACAAGACCACCAAGCGGUAUCAGCAAUUUAAGUAAUGGAAGUAGCAGCAAAGUUCCGGUUGAGACCGAGAGUCCUACGGAAGAUGGAAACUCGGAUGGAAAGGAUAAAUCAGGUAAAAAGAAAUGGUUCAAUUUGAAUCUAAUGGGAUCUGAUAAAAAGCUUGGUUGAAAUUGGUAUUUUAGAUAGUUUUCUUGUGCUUUUUUUUUCUUUUACAUGAAAUAUUUGCCAGCAAUCUUGCUGACUGCUAUAAGCUUUGCCUUGUAUUUAUUUAUUCAAUUUCUUUUUUUUUUUUUUUUUUUUUAUGUUUAUGGCUGUUCAGUUAUGUUAAAGUAUGAUGAUACUAAUGUAAGUUCUUUUUCCUUAUUUACUUAUGUAUUGAUGAAGUGUGAUAUCCUAUAGACUUAUAUAGAGUUGGGUUUGGAUAAAA